CAGUUGCGAUAAACAUGUUUACAUUCGUGCAUCGCUAGCCUAUAAAAGAAACCCUUCAGCGGAACAGUAGCAAGUACAAACAGUUACAGUACAGUUGUUAACGCAAGAUGCUACGAAUGAUGUAUCUAACGUUGGUGCUCGCCAUCGCGGCAUUUCGUGUAGUGGACGGAGAUCUAUUCGAAGAAACGUUUGAUCUUACUAGUGAUGAUUCGAUCGCCAAUUCGAUGGACUUGGCAUUUGGAGAACUCAGAAGUGAAUUGGGACCUCUGCUGGAAGGUCCUGUGAACGAUACAUUUGAGGCUGCAAUAAUUUUGUACUGCGUCAAUAGGAACCAACCCAGUUUCACGGUGUUGUUCGACGAUAGAAAUUCAUGGGAGGGCCUGGAACUGCUAUCUUCGCUAACUAUCAUAGUGCACGGAUGGUUAGAUGCCUCGGCCAAUGUUUGGGUGCAGCAAACGGCACACGAACUCUUGAAAAUCCACGAUUCAACCAUUUGCUUAGCGGACUGGAGUUAUCGCGCACGUUACAACUAUCGGCAAGCCGCCUUAGAACAGGUGCCCUUGGUUGCCGAUUUUCUGACCAGAUUUGUUUUGUAUUCGAAUGAAAUGGGUUUACCGCUGGAGAAAGUGACCCUCAUCGGUCACAACUUGGGCGCUCAUAUUUGUGGACAAACGGGAUGGAAUCUCGGUGGAAAGAUCGGUGAAAUUUACGGUUUGGAUCCGGUGGGUCCUUUGUUCGAGUACCCGGUGGAUCACGGCCUACAAAUGCGUUUGGAUAUGAGCGACGCGUCCUACGUUCAGAUAAUUGUCACUUCCGGAAGCCAGUUAGGUCUCUUGAUUGGCGAGGGUCAUGAAAACUUCUACCCGAAUGGCGGCGUCUCGGCAGUUAACUGUCCUCUCCCGGACGCGACUUCGCAGGAGUUGACAAUCCGUAUUGCCUGCAGCGAGUGGGAAGCCACGGAAUACUUCAAACAGUCGCUGAAUCCGACGAAUGGUUACGAAGGAAAACAAUGCUUGAACUGGCCUGAGUUUUUGACUCAUCGGUGCGAUUUCAACAGAGUAAAUCUUAUGGGAGUUUACAGCUACAAAAUUGGUGGAGAUUUCUAUUUGAGAGCGGAACCUAUUCUUCCAAAUUUUCCUGCAUUCAGCAGCCAUGCGCACUAGCCAUUUGGGGAGUUAGUUAUAAGAAUACCAAGACUGCAGUUAUCAGUAUUAUUAUCGGUGAAGGGAGUGAACUUAUUGAACUAAAUAUGUUAUCAGCAAAAGUAGUACAUGACACCUUUUUGUUAAUUUUUAUAUAAGCUUGUAGAUGUACUAAGAUUUUGGAUGAAUAGAGUAUUGAAAGUUG